AUGAUGAUGCCAGAGAAUAGGAGGAAUGGCGAAGAAGCAGAUGAUGAUGGUGGGGCUCAUGAGGAUCUAGAUAGAGGUCCUGCGCCCCAGGCAACCAUGGCUAUGGGUGGAGUAAAAUCAGAUGCACUGAGAUCCAACCGCUCCUAUGCUAAAGCGGUAGGGAAUGCAUCAAGGCCUGUGAUCGACUCUCUUCCAGAACCGAUUCAAGCAGGGAAGAUUAGAAGAAUCAUAAUCCCUCAAUGGGAUUACGAAUCUAAGAGGCAGUCUUUCCGCUUUGCCCUUAUUGGAAGGGUCAAUUUCAGAGCUCUUUCUUUGGAUGCUCUAAGAAAGGAGGCCGCAGACAAAUGGAACCUAAGCCAGAGGGUUACUAUGCAUCCCCUUGGAAACGGUUUUGUUAUCUUCCAAUUUCAACGUGAAGGGGAUAAGGUGGCAGUCUGGAGAAGAAGCCCUAUGAAAAUAGGCUCGCAACUCAUUCGUUUCCAACACUGGAAACUGGACUUCAACAUCCAUGUUAAGCAGACCUGGUCCAAGCUAAUCUGGAUACGAUUCCCUGACCUCCCCUUAGAAUAUUGGCACGAGAAUGUUCUCUUAUCCAUUGCAAAAGUUGUAGGGAGACCUGUUGCCCUGGAUCACCAUACCAAGCAGGGAUUAAUGGGUCACUAUGCUAGAGUACUAGUUGAAAUGGACACUACUGAAAAUGCAUCUCGCAUAGAGGAGGUUCAAGUUGAACGUCUCAAACCCGAUACAACGCGAGUUUUUGGAUUCAAACAACAAGUCCAGUAUGAAGAUGACAUUAGUCGAUGUGGCUUCUGCAAGAGGUUGGGACAUAAGGUGGGAGAAUGUAGAUCCAAGACACUUGAAGAUGAAAAACAAGCUGCUAUGGACAGGUCGGCCUCUGUACCUGGUGCAGUAUACGUUAAAGAUAGAGUGGACUUGGUCCGAGUUGCCUCUCACUCGGGUAGAACGCCCAUUGUGGAAAUCGCCCCUCAUGAUCCUCUUUCCAUAAUAGUAGCUUCACCUACCAAUCAAGUAGUUGGGAAGGAGGGCCACGAUUUGAAUGCAAACACUAAAAGAACAUCAAUUGAGGAACUGCACAAAUCUCCUUCUAUUUGUGUUGGACAGUCAGCCAAUCAGAAUGCUGAGAAGGGGGAGAUAUUCUGA